GCGAGCUCCCGUUUAUUAACCCAUCGUCCUCGUCGUCUCCCACAGCGGCCAGCACCCUCCACCGUCAUCGCCCACAGCUUGCCCCGCACAGCCGCAAAGCACAGACGACGGAGUGAAACGCACGCGAGCCUCGAGGCAACCGGAAGGACUAUUUGUGGACGUGCUUAGGGCUCGUGGCCUUGCACGCCUCGCUCGAGCGGUGUGCUGAACGCACACGCCCACAACCAUCUUCCCUUUUCGUUCUUUACCUUUUUCCUACCUAUAGCCGUCCCUUGCUUUCUCCCGACCGACCACAUCCCCGCCACACCUCCCGUCGUCGUCGACGCCGUUGCCGCCCGCUCGACCCUGACCGAUUUGUAUGCAAACCCCCGUCGCGUUACAGAAGCAACAGCCCCUUUCAGCUCGUUCCGCGAAGCAUACCCGCUUUCGCACCGUUGCCAGUAUCCGCACCGUUCUUCGCGACUCGGACAACCAGCUCAUCUCUGUCAACGACCGUGCUCCUCCACCGUCGCCAAUAAGGAGGAGCAUUGAUCUCGUCAACAGCUACCGGAGGCCACAUCGGAAAGCAAGGACCGCCGUCGCAGACGCAUCUUUCUUUGAUCCCAUCUCCACCGUAUUCGUAGACCACGAUUCGCCCAAUACCCCGACGACACCUACCACCACCACCACCGAGUCCUCUGUAACCCCGACGACCACCACCACCAAGAUGCCGACCUCGAGCAAGCCCUCCGCGGAGACGCCAAGUAGAAGGCUGCAGACGCGUCGUCCCUUGCUCCGGAUGGAUGCACAGGACGGCCCCUGGACCAUCAGCGCCGCUGAGAAUCCACACGACCCGUCUUCCUAUAGUCUCUAUGUGAAAACUCCCACCCACAACCUGACCCUCACCCGCAAAUCUCAAGAAGUCGUCGACCUUCACCACAAGCUCCACGAAGCCCACCCGAGCAUCAAACUCCCCGAGCUUCCCAUCGACCCAAACAACCUCCCCCAGCCGACCAAGAAGAAAUCCGCUUUCCUCAACACCCUCUCCCGCCUCGCAACUCCCUCCAAAGGUGCUCACUCUCGAAACCCUUCCCGCGCCCCCUCCAUCACCAGCCAAAGCACCACUCCAUCACGUCAUUUCCCUCCCUCGGGUCUCCCGACUCCCGUCAUCUCGCCAAGCAAAGAGCGGAACGACCCCUUUUCUGCCUUCAAUGGCAACGGAACCACCACCGCCGACUCGAGCCUUCUCACCACCCCGACGGCUACGACGAACCCGACCGUGACCGGCCUCGCGGCGUACUUGACGACGAUCUCCAACGACCAACUUCUGAGACAGACACGCGCCUGGAAACGCUUCGUUCGCGUCCGGACGGACGAUCUCGAGAGCGUCAGGGUCGAGCGGGCGAUCAAGCGCGUUAGGUCGGAUUUGGCGGCACAUGUGACCUCGCCGAGCGCGGUGGAUCUGAGACGGGGCGCGUCGGAGUCGGGGAGGGAUAGUGACGAGUUCAGUAUGGUGGAUGAUGAUCGGAGAAGUGUGAAAGAGGUGUCGCUGGAUGAAGAGCAGGAAGAGGGUCAGGAUGCUGGGGGAGAGUUCGACGAACGACCGGAGACGCCUCGGUCGCCGAGACCACGGCCUGUUGAGAGUGAGUCGGUUGCCGUCGCCGAGGACGAGGACACGAAUGCGCCUAGCACGCCGGUCGCGACCGACUCGCAUAUCAGUCGUAUUCCACGCUCUCAGUCCGCCGACCCGGAUAAGGCGGCGCUUUUGUCGCGCGUGUUUAAAGCGUCGCUCUCUCCAUCGGACGCCAAUGACACCACAGGCACGUCCACCCAGACCGAAGAUGAUUCGUCCAUCAGCACCUCGCACGAGCAGCGACGCGCAGCCAGGAAGAAACGCUCCAAGUCCGUCGACCCGAAUCGCGAGCUGAAGAAGAUCAAGUCGCAACGGAAGGUCCAGGUCAGCGAUUUCGAGAUGAUGAGGGUGUUGGGCAAGGGAUGUGCGGGCAAGGUGCUGUUAGUGCGGCAUAAGAGCUCGGCGGACUUGUAUGCUCUGAAGGCGAUCACGAAGAGGCAUGUUCUGGCGCACCAGGAGCUGCAGCAUACGUUGACGGAGCAGGCGGUGUUGAAGAGGAUGGCGGCGGGGAAUUCGGACCCGUUUGUCGUCAAGCUUUGGUGGAGUUUCCAUGAUAAAGAGAAUCUGUUCCUAGUUAUGGAUUUCCACCCCGGAGGAGAUCUCGCCACACAGCUCGCCCGUUGGGGUCGUCUAGGCCGUGACCGAGCCCGCUUCUACGCUGCCGAGAUCGUGGAGGGCGUCGAGGGCCUGCACAACGCCGGUGUCAUCUAUCGCGAUCUCAAGCCUGAAAACAUCCUCAUCGCGGCCGACGGCCACAUCGUGCUCACCGACUUUGGAUUGUCGAAGGAGUUCCCACGACGGACGUCCGCUAUCACUGCGCCGUCUACUCCCAAUGGCCAGAGGACGAACUUCGAGUUGGCGUUCCCGACUGCAGGAAGUGGCGCGGUGGUCAGGGGACAGGACCAGACUACCACGUUCUGUGGGACGGCGGAGUAUUUGGCGCCGGAGGUGAUCCAGGGCUUGCCUUACAGUUAUGAGGUCGAUUGGUGGAGUUUUGGGACGAUGCUCUAUGAGAUGUUGACUGGCAUCACACCGUUCUGGGCGGAUAAUCACUCGGAUAUGUAUGUGAGGGUCUUGCAGGACGAGUUGACCUUCCCCGAGGACAGGGCGAUGGACCAGGACACGAAGAGUUUGAUUCGCGGCCUACUGCAACGCAAUCCCGCAUUGAGGUUGAGCGAGCCUCGCAUCAAGAAGCAUCCUUAUUUCUCGAUGAUAGAUUGGACUCAUGUAUAUCAUAAACGUUAUAUACCCCCGUAUAUCCCUCCCAUUGACCCCUCCAACGCAAGCGAUACCCAAAACUUCGACGAGACCUUCCUCGAUAUGGAACCCGUCAUCAACGACGAGAAUGACCUCGCCGAUGGGAACGGGACUGAUCAAGGUGGCGACGCGACAGAUACCGAUCGUACAGAUGGCGAAGAGUCUGUCAAUACGCCUUCGCAGUCGAGGAGCUCGUCCGUACAUCCGGUUGUCGGCGAUGAGGAAAGCGAGACGGUCGAUGUCUUCGACGGGUAUUCGUUCAAAGGGAGACAUAGUGUCAUUCUGGACGAUGAGGAGGAGGAAGAAGAAGAGGACGAGGAGGAUGAGCAGGCAGAGGAUGAGAUGGACGAAGAGGCGGAAGGCGCAUUGAAUGAGUUGAACGGGGAGAUGUCUAUCGAAAAUGGGAUCGUGGAGGAAGAACGCGCCGAGGCUCAAGAGGAGCGGACUCCCGAACCCAAGACUCCAGAGGCGAAGAAGACGGAUCUUCCGGAGACGCCCACGGAGACGACACAACCCGAGCUGGAGACACCCACCAGCGAGGUCCCACCAGCCAUUCCUCCCAAAACUCCAGUCAAAGAGGCACUUCGCCGUUCUGGAGAACAACUCAGCGUGGCCACCGCGCCUUCGACUCCCCCCAAGAAACCUGCGACCACCAAACCCGAAGUCGCCGCUACUACUGCUGCCGCAGCAACGUCCGCCAAUCCCGCAGAGGUUCAUCGCAAGGAGCCCAAGACCGUUGUGGCGCCCUCGAAACAAUCUACGAAGCCGAAGACGAUCAAGGAUGCGCUUCAUGGGCGUCCACCACGGAGCAGGAGGGAGAAGUCCGGUAUACCUGCGCUGGAUCGGUACCUCCCCGAUGCGUUCGAGGAAGACGAGGCUGCGACGGAGAGGGACGAGGACGAGGAGGACGACUGGGACUUCAUCGAGGCCGAUGGCGGAGCUGAGGAGCGGAACGGACCGAAAGGGACGAGCUUGUUCGCGAGGGGCGUCGUGGACCGUUAUAAGCUUUCCGUGUUCAGGAAGGGAUCCACCCCGAAUAGGUCCGUCUCUGGCAUGUCGAAUAUGUCUGAGAUCAGCGGGUACACCGCGUCGACGCCUGGCUCGCCGAGUCCUUCGGAGAAGAAACAGGCGGAGAAGGAGAGGAGGGGGAGGACGCCGGCGUUGAACUUUAGGAGGAAUACGAGACAGUUCUUGAGGCCGAAGUCACCGCCUUCGUCGAGAUCGUCCAAGUCGAACGUGACAUCCACGCCGACUUCGUCCAAGUCGAACGCGACGUCCACGCCGACUACGACCACGACUACGCCGAUUCAUAGUACCUAUGCAAGUUCGAGCACCACGAAGACGAAACAGAGGUCGUUGAAUCAUUCGGCUUCGGCGACGCUCAUGUCGGCUUCUACGUCGGGCGCCUCGUCGACUUAUCCUGCGACGAUGUCGACGGCGACGAGUGCGCAUUCGAACGCUACGGCUGGGAUGUCGCCCUCGUUGAAGUCGAAGGAAUCGGCGGUGUCGAUGUCGGUGGGCAGCCCUGGGUCGUCGGACGUGUCCACGAACGAGGAGAGGCUGCAGGGUGUGCACGAGGACAAUCACGAAGGAGAGCACGAAGGAGGAGAUGUGCACGAGACCGUGAAGGUGCCGAAUGAGAAGCAGAAGGACAAGAAGCUGAAGAAGUACAAGGAAGGGGUGGAGAAGGUCGUCUCUCUGUUCGCUUCGUCGCCCAAGCAGCAGAAUUCGUGA